AAUAACCGCUGGACUUUAUUAACAAUCGCGGUAACUUGUGAUUUAGACAGAAAGAAUCAAGGAAACAUGACUCCGUAUACUGUGUUUGUUUUCUUGGCACUUAGCCUCAUCAUCACUGAUAUUAUUCCAGUCGAAGCACGUUAUAAAUCGUAUCAAAGACGUAGGGCUUCAAGAUUUCUAAGGCAACGGCGACAAUUCGAUGAAGAUUUGGGAGACACCGGAAAUGCGUUCCAACAGAAAUUGAUUGAUGUCUUAAUUCCGGCAGUUUCACAAACUAUAUAUGCAAUCGUAAAUGAUCCAGCAUUCGGGUCUUGUACUUCUUCGUUACGUAGAAGAAAUGCUAAUUAUAAUUCUAAUACAAACAUUAAUACAAAUACAUUUGCUGAUGCAAUGGGAAGGCAAGGAGAUUUGGACGAAUUGGAUAUAAUAGACGACGAUCCAGAAAUUGUUGGUGACGAAGACAUUAUAAAUUUAAAUAGUGAUGAUAUUGAAGAUGAUAUUGCAAGUAAACGCAGUAUUAAAAGAAGGCUGCUGAGAGCUAGAAGAAGAAAUCGAAAUAGUAAUGUAAACGUAAAUCAAAAUUAUAACGCCAGCGCUCGUAAAGAAGAGACCAACACUAAUCCAAGUGCAGAAGCAUCUAAUGAAGAAGAAACUACGACUGAAGUAUCGAAUCGCCGUCGUCGACGUAACUUCAAAUAAUUAAAUUCAAUGCAUUCUCAAAUUUAUUUGCCUUGAGAUGGAUAUUUUAUUGAUUUGUAAACAUUAUGAAAAUUUAUAACAAAUACAAUGUUUCACAUAUCACAUA